GUAUACAUGGCGGCCAUGGGCAUUAAUAUUGCUCCUUCAACGUCUCAUCCUUUCCUCCUUCCCAAUAAACGAGCGUUCUAUCUGCGAUAAUGGCUACAGAACAGUCUACGCUUCCUGGAGUGUCGAAGCACCACUGGCAUCUGACAGAUGUCGUGUACAAGGUGAUGAACAAGUCCGAAGACGACUCGGAGGCUCAUAAGAUUUAUCGCUCCUAUCCUGGUCACACUGCGAAAGGACGUGCUCCUGCUACCACAAAUAUUGCGGAAGAAACAGUGCCAGGCAUUCAGCACCCUGGAAGUACAGGUGUGAUCUAUUGUACAGAUCGUGCGAUGGCGAAUGGCUUCUCUUACGAUGCUGACGGAUGGGCCAAUCUAGGGCAGGGAGCUCCAGAAGUGGGCGAUAUUCCCGGUGCCCUACCGAAACCCACGCAGAUCCCCAUUCCUCACGACUCGUUGGAGUACGCCCCCACCACGGGUGUCAAAGCGCUACGACAGGCCGUUGCAGAUUUGUACAACCAUACAUACCGCCAAGGAAUGAAGAGCCUCUAUAACUAUGAGAAUGUCUGUAUUGUCCCUGGUGGACGUGCAGGAUUGAGCAGAGUUGCGAGUGUGAUAGGAGAUGUGUACCAAAUCCCGGAGUAUACCAGCUAUUCAUCAACGCUUGCCGCAUUUAAGCGUCUCCUUCCCAUCCCUACUGCGUUAACCGCAGAUAUGGAAUACAAGCUCGACUUGGAAAAGACAAAGAAAGACGUCCACGAGCAAGGCCUGCAGGUCAUCAUAGCAUCCAAUCCUCGAAAUCCUACUGGACAAGUGAUUCGAGAAGAUGAUUUGAAGCAACUGGUGGAGCUGGCUGAGAGCAAGGUUACUGUUGUUUUGGACGAGUUCUACUCCUGGUAUAUCUAUCCAGAGAAGGAGGAAGAAUUGGGUCAAUCUGUAUCGGCCGCCGCAUAUGUGAAGGACGUUAAUGAGGAUUCCGUUGUCAUUAUCGAUGGACUGACGAAGAACUGGCGGCUGCCGGGAUGGAGGGUCUGCUGGGUUAUUGGUCCCAAGAAUAUGAUCUCGGCGCUUUCCCAAUCCGGCUCUUUCCUGGACGGAGGCGCUAAUCACCCUCUUCAGCUCGCUGCAAUUCCCCUUCUCCGACCUGAGGUCGCUCAACAAGAUAAGAUCGCUUUGCAGAAGCACUUCAAGAUGAAACGCGAUCACGUUCUGGCAAGGCUGAACACAAUGGACCUGAAGGUGAAGGUGCCGCCUGUGGCGACGUUCUAUAUUUGGCUGGAUCUGUCGGAUCUUCCCGGUGAAUUGAACAACGGUUUGACCUUCUUCGAAGAACUUCUGAAAGAGAAGACAAUCGUGGUUCCUGGUUACUUUUUCGACAUCAAUCCUGCAAAUCGCCGUGAUCUAUUUGCAUCGCCAUGCCAUCAUUUUGUUCGGCUUUCGUUUGGUCCACCUCUGGAUCAGCUCGAUCUUGGUCUGGACGCGAUGGAGCGUGUUCUUGCCAGGGCACGCAAAGGGCAAGGUCAUAUCGGGGCUUACAAGACAUGGGAUGUGGUUGAGGGUGUUGCGCAGCACAUUGAGAAGCACAUUUAGUAGGCUGGAUCCUGCUAGACGUGAUAGGGUUUACGACAGACAAACAUUGUGAUUGUUCUUGGACACAAGCGGGG